CGAUGAUUGGGAAGAGGGGGAGAAGUAUUCGAUUGUUUAUUUGUUUGUUUGUCAUCGGGUAUCGAUGUUUCAUUUCUUCUACAGGAUAAUAUUUUUGUGACCACAAGCACAAAUGUUUCUAUGUCCGGCUCUCCUUAGGAAGUACUGUAUUACUGGGUGGCCUCACAAGAAUACACUUGUAGCUACGCAAGAGGUACCAUGACAUGACAUGUACAGUACUAGACGUGGGCCUUGCUUGAGGCCAUGAUGUUUUGUCAAUACUGGGAUCUUCUUCUGAUGUGUGAGCUUUACAUUAUCCUUUUCACUGUCCUAAUUACAAUCACUCAGCCGUUACGAGUGCCUCCUUCCUGCCGAUCUUGCGCUUUUUCGGCAAGCCAUAAACGCGUUUCAGAGACAGGAAUUGAUACAGCUGCACACUUCACGAGUGAACAUCGCGUUUGUCACCUACAACGGCCACGUUGACACAAUAUUGGAUACGGAAAUAGAUUUCAAUGUCGCAAAGUCUGGUGCGGUGAGUACCAAAAUUAGGUCUACGCCUUUCCAACUGUUUUCAACGCUGCAGAAGACGGAAGAAGGGGUGAUCACGAUAGCAUCAGGCGGGAUCUAUGUGGCAUUGAGUAUGUACUUUUUGCUGCAAGAGUUAUGGCUUGUUAUAGUGUGAAUAGCAGUAUUUUUACCUAGAAGUAGACUAAUAAGUAGUAACACUUUUGAAACCCCUUUGAUAGAAGCACUUUUGCAGCACUUAAAGUAGGCACUUUUGAAACACUUAGGCGAGGCACUUUUGAAACACUUAAGCGAGGCACUUUUGAGGCACUGAAGGGGGCCAGUUUUGAGGCACGUAAGGGGCCGGGUCUGAGGCACCGAAGGGCGCCUCCUAACGGUUUCGGCCUGUCCACUAAAUGACGGCUUCGCCCUGUCUCCUAACGGUUUCGCCCUGUCUCCUAACGGUUUCGCCCUGUCCCCUGACGGUUUCGCCCUGUCCGUUAACGGUUUCGCCCUGUCCCUUAGCGGUUUCGCCCUGUCCCUUAGCGGUUUCGCCCUGUCCCUUAACGGUUUCGCCCUGUCCCUUAUCGGUUUCGCCCUGUCCCCUUAUGGGUUUCGCGUGUGGCGGUUGCGCCUUGUCCGUUAACGGCUUCGAGUGCGACCUUGACGGGCUCGCCCCGCUCCGUCUCCAACUAUCGAGUAAACCUUCCAAAAUCAAACUCAUAGUUGUAGCACACAUGCAAACGAAAACACCAACACCAUUCUUCUAAAACGAAUCUCCCUCAUUCGAGAGCGGAUAACAAGGGGUCGCAUCUUGGAGGAUAAGCCAUGGACAGUUUCCUUCCGCGAAUUUUUCACGCAAGACCUGUUCAACAUGCUAGACGCUGUCUCAAUAUGCAUUUCCCUUGCAGGAUUGGCACUGUACCUGGUGUUUCUGUUGGAGGUAUGAUAUUCUUCUGCUGGCUCAGACUCAGAAGUUCUGAUCAUGAUGACUCUUAUCUACUAAUUGCCGUUUCAAAUCUAUCAUAUGAAUGUACCACUUAUUUCAAUUUGCUCUCAGAUCUCAAGACUUCACUUUCUCUGUACCCAACUAUCCCUCCUUCAUCCCCCACCGCCGAAUUCGAGACUGUCUACAAGCGCAUCACGUGUGAGGGCCUUAGGCCAGCAGAGUGUCCAGAAUUACCGCCAAAUGACCCACUGUACGAUUUGCAAAAAUCCGAUCCCCAGUAUUACAAACUCGUGGAUAUCACGCAGAGUAUCAGCGCGAAGAGCAAGUCGUAUAUUCGGGUGAGCGCGUUGAAUAUUAUGAUGAGAGUACUACAGGGGUUGUACUUGUAGCUAGUUAAGUUAGAAGAAUAAUUUUUUGCCGCGGUGUCCAUACAUUGUCUUCUGCUCUCCUCUGAAGAUUACGGCUUCCGAUCCUUUUGUAGUAGGCCUGCACAAAGUGGUACGACCACCUCAUCAGCAAAGACUUCAAUUUGAACUUCUAAUAGACCCAUGCUGAUCGCCUUACGCAUGUUGAAGUUCUUGCGGACGCAACCAAGGAUGAUCCGAUUGAAUCAGACUCUGUGGAACGCGCUUUCCGACACGAUUUACCUCAUCCUGAUGGUUUUGAUCGUCCUAGUCGGCUUCUCUUUUCAAGGACAUCGCGUUUUCGGCUCAAAAUACGAAAGACUAGCGGAUCCGGUCAGCAGCUUUUACUUAUGGUUGUUGGGACGAAACAGUAGCAGAUGCUUCUUGUGCUAAUAAAGACAAUGAAACCCCAGUCGUGGGUGCUGCGGCCGUAAUGAAUGUCGGCAUCCCAUGAUCCCAUUAUAGAUCGGACACCUGGUCUAAUCCUAUACGUGAUCGAUUUUGUUGUUGGCAGUUUCGAGUUUUGGCCAUUGCAGAGGAUCGACUCGAUGUUGGCAGUGUUUUUCGUUUUCCCCAUGCUGUUUGUGUUCAAAGUGGUACUGUUGAACGUUUUCUUCGCCAUCACCGAUAGGUGGUACAUCGUCGUCGUCAGCGAGGCGGAUGAGGUACUUCCUUAGUAUAAUUUCUUUGCUGAUGUCGAUACACGAAAAUGAAUAUGAUUGCUUGCUGCAUGGACUAGUCGCAUCUUCACUCUCCAAUAUUACAAGCUUCAUUGUUAAAUUGUUGAAUCCGUUCUUUUAGGAAGUACAAUGCUACCAACAGGUGCCCGCCUUCAACUGGAAAGCCAAGUUGAAACCGUAUUUGGGGAAUAUCCUCACUUUUAUGGAGUGGGAUGAGGAUUUUCAGAUGACCAAGGACCCCAACGCAGCUAUCAAGCCCAAGCCGCCAAGCCGAAAAAAGGUUGUAGAAGACUUGAAGAAAGAAUGCGCACGGAUGCUGUCAGGCUUGAAACAGAGAUUGCAAGCGCAGGGGAAGUUAUGACGUUGAUGGCGUUUGCUUAUGUUUUCUGGGGAGUUGGUUCAAGAUCAUCAUGUUUUGUAGAUCACGGGUCGUUUCAUCUUCGUACAUGGAAUACCGUAGUUGUGCCAAGAACCCUUUUGUUUCGCAAGCAAUCAAAUCUUUUCAGAAGGUACAACGAGGCUGAAGGACCUCCUUACUGCUUGACCACGUAGUGCCCGAGGUAACCUGACUUGACAUCUCCCGUUCCCUUCUCCUCCCAUCACUUCCCCUCCUUCAUCGCCUCCCGUGAGCAAAGAGUUAGAAGCGCUUACUGUGGAUAGCAUUUACUGGCUCUUGGGUAGUAACGCGGAAGCGCAAGAAGGGAUAGGAAAGGGCGCUGGUUUAGGCGGAGGGAGUCUACGGACGCUUCUGCCACCCUCAAUGCACGAUGACCGGGUCAUGCAAGUUUUGUCGUGGUCCAAAACCGUGGUGAAGAGUUUCCUGGACAAGUAUGGAGAACGGUUUUUAACUACGAAGAAGGGCGUACAGAAGGAGACUUUAUGGAGUGUGAAAAGGGGUCGUGAGUGAAAAGAAGAUUGUUGUUUCACGUGUGACAUAGGUACUGUUGUGCACUCACUCAAGGUUUCCACUUACUCAAGCACUGAUCGUCCUCCAACAGAAAUCAUCAGUUCUUCCCCUCAUGAAGAUAAGUCAUCAGUCCUUUUCCACCUGUCAUUCCCACGUGCCGACCCGCAAGGCGAAAUUUUUACCCUACUCGAGUCCGAGAUACGCACUGAGAAAGCGCGCGCCGCAAUGCUAGAAGCGGAAGUUCAGAACGCCCAACGGGUGUUCACACGCGCAGCUGCCCAUGACCAGAAGAUUCUGUGUCGCUAUAUUUUAGCUUUAGAAGCGAAUUUGGAAUUAUUGGCAGGUCAACGCACAGGCUUGGAAGUCCAAGUGGAUGAUCUGGAAGCGUUUAACAAUGCCGAGGAAGAAGGUGGCGGAGGAGGAGGUGGCAGUGGAAGUGGUGCUACGUUGAUGAGUGCUGGUGUUGGCGGGAGUAGUGGGAAUCAGGGUAGGAUGAGCCGAGGUGGAAGUGGGGAAACGGGGGCUACUAGAGGAACCAAUCCCGCUGCUGGUGGUGAAGAUGCAGCAGCAGGAUCGCCUGGUAGUGCAGGCGGAGAAAAGGGUGCUCACGACCAGGCAGGAGGUGAAAAAGGCGCAGCGCAUGCGGAGAAUGGUGCUGGUAAAGCUGCAGAGCAGCCAGUAUCUUAUGGCUACAGGAAAUCUAGAUUCUCAGUUUGAAGAUGUGAGCACUUCAAUCGUAGAACAAUCUCCACAACUCCUACUACCUCUUCUAAGCCCCCACCAACGCCAAGCAAGACAAAGUGAAACCGGCACCACCCACGCCGCGGGAACCACCUCCCGAUGCGGGUGCGGAAGCAACUGUGCCCGUGGAAAUGCGACAUAGGCUUGCAGGUAGACGUGCGUUGUCAGACGUGUUGGGAACUCUAGACACGACAGCGAAGCGGAUAGUGAGGGAAUCUCUAGCACCUCCGACAGAAGACGUCUCUCCGGCAAGUCGGAAGAGCGGAAGUCCGGCUAGACCGAGUGGGCAGAAAUGAGCACUGCUUGUUAGUUUUGCGCGUUUUUAGUGCCGGUAAACGGAUAUGAGGCAGUACUAUCCGCGAAAACCGUCACGGUAGAGCUUUUACAAGUCAGUAUACACCAGUUGGUUUGGCCUACAGGUGUAGAAGAAGUGUUUGAUAUUUUCCGGCAUGCUCAAGAUCAAGUUGAGAGCUUGAGAGCUUGAGUCCUCUCGUAUUUUCUACUUAUCGAUUUCUCAUGUACACAACUUUGGAAAGCAACCUGAUUAGGCUAUAGUUGACAAACUCUAUAAAUAGAAACGCAACUUCACGUGGUGCUGCAAAAGCAUGUGCCUAAGGACAGAGUUAUGCAAGUUACGAAUCAAUGAUAUUGAUAGCAGUAGGUACUAUUUUUCCACUUACGAUCCUUAUCGACAUUCACGCUCGAUCAAGAUAUGAAGGAGUAUGUAAGAAACUGAAAAUCUAAGUUAAUGUGUAUUCGAAGAACGCCUGAAAUUAACGUGACUAAAACAGCCGAGGUUUGAACAAGGGAUGGAAAGUUUUGAAAAAAUGCAAGAAAAGAGCCCCAUUGACGCAAAUCUGACGAAGAUUUACGUUGCCAAUACCAAUACAUGUAGUGCCUUCAGCCUGGAGGGUUGACGCAGAGUGGACUCAAAUGUUGUGACAUCCACUCCGGUUUCAAUUUCUGAGUAUUACACGUGCCGCUGAAGAGGUAAGAAAGAGUGCACGCACCUCCAUGAACCUACUGGAGUCAUUCCGUGUUACCGCCAC